AGCUUAUCUUGUAAAAAUGUUUAGCGCGCAUCGUUUUCCGGAUGACUGUAAGUUGUAAUUUAGCAACGAAAACCGGCGAGGAGUACCGAUUUCAAUCUGGGGCGAAGCGAUUUCCGGGUUUUCUCUGAAAGUGGUAUUAUAAAACAGUCAUAAUGAAUGUUGAACAUGAAGUGAGUCUGUUGGUAGAGGAGAUCAAAAGAAUGGGCAAACAAGAUGCUGAUGGUAAAUAUGUGGUGACGUUUGGUGAAUUAUUUGAAGAUGAAAGAUGUGCCAACAUAUUCGAGGCCUUGGUAGGAACACUACGGGCAGCCAAGAGGAAGAAGAUCAUCACAUUUGAAGGGGAGUUGUUACUACAAGGCGUUCACAAUCACGUUGAAAUCAAACUUCUAUAGUUUUGUAGUUAGUCUAGAAUUUUAUCUUAACAUUUAAACAUAGUUAUUAUAUACUCAUGUCAAUUUCUUUUUAUUUUAUUUUUUUUGGAAAUUUAGCAUGCAAUAUAUGAAAUAUGCAAUAAUGUAGUGUCCCGAUUAUGUACACUUGUAUGUUGAUUAUGCAUACUUGUAUGUUGCUAGAUGUUUUACAGAUUUAAAUGUUUAUGUUCAAUUCAUUGAACAUAGUGCCGAGUGAUUGGAUAGUUUUUUUAAUUUGACUGUUAGAAGGUUGACUUGUUUAAGUUUAAGGUAUUGUGAAUUGUAUUGUUUUGUAAUGAUUUACAAGAUGUUUUAUGAAUUUCAUUGAUCAAUCUGUUUGUGUCACUCAAGGACAGUGCAAUUAUUUAUCUUUAAAUGAUAUUUCAUUGACAUUGUAAUUUUUGCAGGAACAUACAUGACAUGUUUUUUUUAUAUAUUAUAUAUAUAAUGAUUUUGUAUUAUGAUUUCUGUGACAAUAAAUGUACAUCCAAGUUGGCAUAAACCAACUCUUUAAUUUUUAUGAAUUUUUAGCUCACCUGUCACAAAGUGACAGGGUGAGCUUUUGUGAUCGCUUUUCGUCCGGCUUCCGUCCGUCCGUCGUCCGUAAACUUUUACUUUAAAUGACAUCUCCUCAUAAACCACUAGGCCAAUUUCAUCCAAACUUCACAGGAAUGUUCCUUUGGUGGUCACCUUUCAAAAUUGUUCAAAGAAUUUAAUUCCAUGCAGAACUCUGGUUGCCAUGGCAACCGAAAGAAAAAACUUUAAAUAUCUUCUUUUGAAAAACCCUAAGAGCUAGAGCUUAGAUAUUUGGCAUGAAACAUCUUCUAGUGAGUGUCUACCAAGUUUGUUCAAAUAAAAGCCCUGGGGUCAAAAUUGGACCCGCCCCAGGGGGUCAUUGAUUUUCCCUAUAUGCAUAUAGUAAAAACUUAAAAAUCUUCUUUUAAAGAACCCAAAGAGCUAGAGCUAAGAUAUUUAGCAUGAAACAUGUUCUAAUGAGUGCCUACCAAGUUUGUUCAAAUAAAAGCCCUGGGGUCAAAAUUGGCCCUGCCCCAGGGGGUCAUUGAUUUUCCCUAUAUGCAUAUAGUAAAAACUUAAAAAAUCUUCUUUUAAAGAACUCAAAGAGCUAGAGCUAAGAUAUUUAGCAUCAAACAUGUUCUAAUAGGUGUCUACCAAAUUUGUUCAAAUAAAAGCCCUGGGGUCUAAAUUGGCCCUGCCCCGGGGGUCAUUGAUUUUCCUUAUAUGUGUAUAGCAAAAACUUAAAAAAUCUUCUUUGAAAAAACCAAAAUAGCUAGAGUUUAGAUAUUAAGCAUGAAACAUGUUCUAGUGAGUGUCUACAAAGUUUGUUCAAAUAAAAGCCCUGGGGUCUAAAUUGGCGCCGCCCCGGGGGUCAUUGAUUUUCCUUAUAUGUGUAUAGCAAAAACUUAAAAUCUCCUUUGAAAAAACCCAAAUAACUUAGGUUAGAUAUUAAACAUGAAAUAUCUUCUAGUAAGUGUCUACAAAGUUUGUUCAAAUAAAAGCCCUGGGGUCAAAACUGGCCCCGCCCCAGGGGUGUCAUUGUUUUUAACUAUAUGUGUAUAGUAAAAACUUAAAAAUCUUCUUUUAAAAAGCCCAAAGAGCUAGAGCUUAGAUGUUUAGCAUGAAACAUCUUCUUAUGGGUGUCUACCAAGUUUGUUCAAAUAAAAGCCCUGGGGUCAAAAUUGGCCCUGCCCCAGGGGGUCAUUGAUUUUCCCUAUAUGCAUAUAGUAAAAACUUAAAAAAUCUUCUUUUAAAGAACUCAAAGAGCUAGAGCUAAGAUAUUUAGCAUCAAACAUGUUCUAAUAGGUGUCUACCAAGUUUGUUCAAAUAAAAGCCGUGGGGUCAAAAUUGGCCCCGCCCCGGGGUCAUUGAUUUUCCUUAUAUGUGUAUAGCAAAAACUUAAAAAAUCUUCUUUGAAAAAACCCAAAUAGCUAGAGUUUAGAUAUUAAGCAUGAAACAUCUUCUAGUAAGUGUCUACAAAGUUUGUUCAAAUAAAAGCCCUGGGGUCAAAACUGGCCCCGCCCCAGGGGUGUCAUUGUUUUUAACUAUAUGUGUAUAGUAAAAACUUAAAAAAAUCUUCUUUUAAAAAGCCCAAUGAGCUAGAGCUUAGAUGAAACAUCUUCUUAUGGGUGUGUGUGUGGGGGGGGGGGGGGGGCUAUAUACAGGUGAGCGACCUCAGGGCCAUCAUGGCCCUCUUGUUUUAGUAAAGGCAUUUAAAUUCUAACAAAUAAAUGAUAAUAUUAACAUAGACAUAAAAACCUGUUUUGGUGCAAGUAUUGAAGAUUAAAUUAACAUACCUAAGCCUGGUAUAAAAUAGUUAAUAUCACAUAUCUAGUUAUGUAUAUCAUCCGCGCAAACUGAUCAGAAUCCAUGCUGUUCGCUUACCAACUCUACAAGUAGAGAAACUGAUAGCGAACAGCAUGGAUCCUGAUGCGCAGGCUGGUCUGGAUCCAUGCUGGUCGCAAACACAUUAUGUUGGUUUUGUCAUGACGCGGCUCAUAUCAUUUUAGUCUUUAAAAAUAAAUGAAAUAAUUGUAUACAUGUUGGUGAGAACUUUCUGUAAUAUUUUCUGGAAACUUAGCAGGGAAUUUAUAACAAGUGCCUUGGCCUGUAUUUAUUAUGGUUUAAAGUCAGAACUUUUGAUUAACAUCUUGAUUGUUAUGAUUAUCUACAUCUCUUCUUAUUUUCUCCUACAUAUGUGCUGAGAUUAAUUUAAGUAUUUACAUGAAAUGUAUGAUUUUUGGAGAUAUUAGAUUCUGGCUUUAAGGCUUGAUAACUACAAGGCCUGAUCAUAAUACAGUCAACAUAAUCUUGUACAUCCAUCUUUUUAUUAUUUUCAACACUAGUUAUCAGUGUCAUUUAUUUUACUCUAAUGUAUUGUUCAUUAUUGUCUGUGAUAAAUGUGCUACGACCAAUCUCAUUAAAGUCAGACCUUACUGAAGCUCAACUACCUUAUGUUAGGUAAUGGAGUAAGUAUUUCGAGCUGAUUUUAAUAAGAUUGGUGCCAUUUUCUUUUCUUUUUUUUUAUUUAUACACAUAUAUAUGGUUGGAGCUGAGCUCUUUGUUUUCAUUAGAACGCUGGAAUAUUGACAAUGUUCAUGGCACAUGUUAACUUUUUUCACACAUCAAUCAACUUUUGAACAUAUCUUAUACAUUCUACAUGUACUGACUAAUUUCUAAUGCCAACACCGACAGUGUAGAUUGGCUAAACUACUUAGGUUAGUAUUUUGAUAUUGAAAUUCAAUAAAAAUAAUAAAGGACAAAUUCCAAAUUCAAAGGAUGAAAAAAAAUUAAGAGGAACAUUUGUGUAAGAGAAAAAAAAGUGUUAUUUUGUGUUUCAUUUAGAAAAUUUCUUUAUUCAGGUGUUAUUUACAAAUUUGUUUAGUGUAAAUGGUUUUGUUAAGUUAAAAUAAUUGAUUUAUAUUUUUAAAUGCAAAAAAAAGGGGAACAAAAAAUUUUAUUUUUGAGAAUUUUUUUAUUCAUUUUCAAUAUUUUCUUCCCGAGCAGCCUGCAAGUGCUGACAUAUUCUUCCCCAGUGUGUACUUAAAGCCUGAAGUAAUCCUAUUGUUUUGAAGAUGGUUGUAACUUGUUUAUUCAAGUGUUAAACCAAACUUAAAAACAGCACACCUUCAUUUAUUUUUAAUGAAAACUUAGUUGUCAAUUAAUUACAAAUUGCAGAUUUUUUUUUAAGUUUUGUUUCACUUUUCUGAAGGCAUGCCUCCUUAAAGAUUAAUAUGAAAUACUUUUUGAAUGUCUUGCAUUGUCAUCAAAAUUUUAUUAAUAAUGAAUAAUUGAAUACUUUAUAUUAAAAACUGGUUCAGGAUUAGAAAAAAGUUAAGACCUCUCACUAGUGUAUGAUGAAACAUUACUAACCAGUAUUUUUGCAUGUAUUUACCAGUAUCUAUAUAUAUCCUAACAUUUAGAAUGAUUUUUGCCUACCCUUAACCUGUUGAAUUUCUUAAAUGGACUUGCCUAGCUUUCAUUUGGAUAUGCCCAUUACCAGUUUUGGGGUUUUGAAAAUUUUCUUAGCCAACAGUAUGCUGGUCAGACUGCAUGGAUGUACAGGCUGGUCUUGCUCUGUACUGUUGGCUUAAGGUAAACACUUUUGUUUCAAGCAUGUUAAGUUUUAUAUCAUUGUAGUGCAUGCAUCUCGAGAUUUUGUAUACAAUGUUGCUUUUUUCAAUGUUGGGCUUCCAAAGUGAUUGUUAAUCAUUAUUUUGAAAUAAAUUUAUGUUGCAGCAAAA